AUGGUUAUAAUGCAUCAUGAAAUGAAUAGAUGUCUUGAUGUUCCAGAUCACCCAUCUAAUGACUUUAAGAUGUUAAAUACUUAUGUUACACAGCUACCUCAAGGAAACGAAACGGGACAGUAUUUAGCCUUAGAUCUCGGAGGAACAAAUUAUCGUGUACUUUUAAUUACUUUUGAUCCUGAUAGUUCUGAGCCUACAAUCGAAUAUGAUACAGAAAGAAUUCCCCCCGAAUUGAUGACUGGGAAGGGUGACGAUCUUUUUAAAUUUAUUGCCAAAUCGGUGAAUAGAUUUUUAACAGAAAGGGGACUUUUAGACGUUCCUUUAGAUAUGGGCUUUACUUUUUCCUUCCCAGUUAACCAAACCUCUAUCAACAGAGGGACUCUUAUAAGAUGGACAAAAGGCUUUUCAGUAAACGGUGUGGUAGGAAAAGAUGUUGUUGAACUUUUAAACAAAGCAAUGUCCUCUAUGGGUCUGAAAGUUACAUGUCGAGUCAUUACCAACGACACCGUAGGUGCACUUGCUUCUUGUAAACUUAGUUAUCCGGAUACAGUAGCUGGUGUUAUUGUUGGUACUGGAACGAACGCAGCAUAUGUGGCCGAGUUACCUGCUGGACCAAAUUUUAAAAUACUACCACCCACAGCUACAUCUGUUGUUAUAAAUACAGAAUGGGGAGCUUUUGGGGACCAUGGGCUUCUUGAUGAAUUCAAAACAGAAUUCGAUAAGAUCGUCGAUGAGAGAUCACAAAAUCCCGGCAAACAGACAUACGAAAAAAUGAUAAGUGGAAUGUAUCUCGGAGAGAUAACGAGACAUGUAUUGAGAAAACUCGUGAAUGAAAAAAUUUUGUUUCAAGGUAAUAUGCCCAAAAAAUGGAAUGAAAUGAACAGUAUUCCAACUUCGCUUCUAAGUGAUAUUGCUCGUGAUCCGGAUUAUCUCUUUUACAAUACUGAACGCAUUAUUAGGGAAUAUUUCAAUGUUACUGAAUACACCGAAGAAGACCUACAAAUCGUCCACCAUGUUGGUGUUGCCGUUGCAAAUCGGGCAGCGCUUUAUGCUGGAACAGUCAAUCGAAUAAAACGUAGGGAGGUGACAGUAGGCGUUGAUGGCUCCCUGUUUAAACUUCACCCUAACUUCCCGGCUAAUAUGCUGAAUAUUAUCCGCAGACUUGCAAAUCCACUUUUUCAUUGCAAACUACAAAUGUCUGAAGACGGAAGUGGUAAGGGUGCUGGUGCCUUGGUAGCAUCAUUGAUGCAACGUACUAGAGGUCGUUAA